UGCUUUUACCGCUAUGCUUCGGCGACGAUGGUUUCGCCUAUCUCCAGAAGACACAUCGUGCUUCGACCUCUUCGAAGGCUCAUCACUGCACUCGUAUGGUCGUCGUACGUCUCGUCAGGCAUCAUUUCCACGAGGGCGCCUGGGAUCGCUGUUGCGCUCACAUUGGGUGAGCGCAAACGUUUGCUGAGCGACGCGAUUGCUCCUUGCUCCCCGAUCUUCGGAUAUCUGGCAAAAGCAAGUGUGCGUUCCUGAAUGCGAGUCGAGGCCACGAAUGCAGGCACUGACGAGUCUCUGAGGAAUUCUUAACCUCUGGACAAGACCAUCAGCACCGUAAACAUCUAUUUCCAUCGCUAUGACAAACGGCCUCAGCAUCCUGCCACCAACGCCUGUACUCAUCAUCAACAUAGCCCUCAGCCUCGUGGCUAUAACCCCGACGCCUGUACUGCUGGCUUUGGCAGGGAAGCUGGUGAAUGCGCUGCUGAUCGCAUUAGGCGUUUGGGAAGCCCACUUCAAGGUUUCGGUGAUGGAUCCUCUCAUUGCCUUGAAGUCCGACUUUCUGGCUUGGACACCGGUGGCUGCAAUUAUUGCUUUGGUCUCCAAUAUAUGGAGCUUCAGUUCAAAAAUUAUACACGUCGUUUGGGAAUGGAGGCGGGUCCUCAUGGUGUCAAUCUUUGCACUCAUAGCCGUGACAUUGGAGCCGGACAUACUGGGAAUUUUGGCGACACUCAUUGUUGAUACAGUCGAGUCCACCGCUGAGGUAGUCGAACGCACUACUUCGACAUUUGCCACAGGUCAUUCCCCGCAUCUUGGCGACAGUCCGUCGGCACUCACGGCGCGUCGAUUGUUGAUGCCUCCUGUGUCCGAAAAGUAUUCGCGAAUACCCGAGGAUUGGUACGACAAGCCUUUGCAUUUGCCAACGAAAGACGAUGAUCUUCGGUCCAUUGCCUCGAAAUUGGAGGAUCUCCGAGCUGUUGUGCAAGGCGGCCAGAGUCUGGGAAGAGCGACGCAUUGGAAAUGGAUAGAAGACGGGACAGGACUCGAAGCAUGUUGGAUCGAGAAAAACCUCACUCAUGAGGAAUUCACGCAAGACAUGGCUUGGGAGAACGGUGCCUCUCCACCUCCGGUUGACUGGGAUGCCCGUACAAACACGUUGGUCUAUUGGUGCAGGAGCAUCUUUGGAAUCCGAAUCAAGGCGAGCGACGACCUGAUUCCUGCUCUCCAGACUCUCUAUCCUCGUCGACCAAUCAGACCUCGGCACGCCUACUGUUUCUACACAAGACACAGGGACGUAUUACCCCUCGCUAGAGCUAUAAAGAAGCCACACCGUGUCGGUCUUGUCUUCGUCAAAGAAGUCGCUCUCUGGACCAGCGUCCACAAGGCAGAAUGGCUCACUGUCAGACGAGCAGCUGAGACCUGCAGAUUAGGCAAAGAUCUAAAUUCAUCGAACAAAUAUGUGGAGAGCAUCCGAAUCUCGAUCAGGGUCCUGCGGAUCAGAGAGCAGAGUCUGAAGUGGCAGGUCGCAGCCUACGAAGAGAGAUUGAGGUCUCAAGAGUUUGUGUGAGUACUCGUCAACACUACGACUGCCACUGCCGUUGUGACGUUGUCAUCGUAGCCUCGUGCUGUAAUGACCGUCAUCAUGCUUCGAAACAACAUCUGGACCAAGUCCAUUGCCAUAAAUUUCCUCCUCUUUCUUCCUGUACCUCCCCAACUAUCAUGCCACCUUUACUCAGCUCACAUGUCCAGCAGAUAGACGUUCGCAUUCCCAUUGUGCUUCGAGA